ACUUGACGACUUCCGGUGACGUAAUGGCCUGUGUUUCCGUGUGAGGGGCGGUCUGCACUCUAGUCUUGUCAUGGCAGCUCCACAAGCAGUUUUGUGUACUCUUACUUAUUAUUCGCUUGAAUAAGAAAUAUAUCAGCAUCUCGCCCCAAACCCCAAUUCCACACUAACAUCCGCGAAGAGAACCAGGAACUGUUUUUGUUGUAACUUCUCAUUUCUCGCUAUCUCGUGCGCAUGCCCAAGGUGACGCCAUUUUGCGGCCGAAAGAUUUCUGGGUUUGUUCAUUGACAAGCUUACUUCACACACCAGCUCCACACUAGGAGGCCAACAUUGAAAGGCUCAGAUGACAGUGUUGCUGAGCCAGUGCAUUCAGCCCAGAUUCAGCCCUUGAGAGGGAACGAAGACUGGAAAAGUGUUAUUCCGUUGGAUAUUAAGUGACAGCUUCUCCUACAAGCAGCUGUGUAAUCAAGGGAAGGUGGUGGUCACCUUGCCAAGGGAGGUGAUCUAGGCAGGGCCAUGCCGCUGCUGCCCAGGCCAGGCAAUGCCAAGGACCCACAAGUAGCUGGCCUUUUCAGCCAGGAAGAUCCAGAGAGGAUCUUUACAGACCUUCGAGAGAUUGGCCAUGGCAGUUUUGGUGCUGUCUACUUUGCCCGUAAUGUACAGACCAAGGAAAUCGUGGCCAUCAAGAAGAUGUCCUAUAGUGGAAAGGGCUCCCAAGAUAAAUGGCAAGACAUCAUCAAGGAAGUGCGAUUCUUGGGACAACUCAAGCACAAAAAUGCUAUUGAAUACAAGGGGUGCUACCUGAAAGAGCAUACAGCCUGGCUGGUUAUGGAAUAUUGUCUAGGUUCUGCUUCUGAUAUAAUUGAAGUCCACAAGAAGCCAUUGAAGGAAGUGGAGAUAUCUGCAAUAUGCCAAGGGGCUCUGGAGGGGCUUGCAUACUUGCAUGACAUGGGCAAGAUCCACCGAGAUAUCAAGGCGGGCAACAUUCUGCUGACAGAGGAUGGCACUGUCAAAUUGGCGGACUUUGGGUCAGCUUCACUGGCAAGUCCAGCAAAUUCAUUUGUAGGAACUCCAUACUGGAUGGCCCCUGAGGUUAUUCUGGCCAUGGAUGAAGGACAAUAUGAUGGCAAGGCUGAUGUGUGGUCUCUAGGCAUCACUUGUAUAGAGUUAGCGGAGCGAAAGCCACCUCUUUUUAACAUGAAUGCAAUGAGUGCUCUUUAUCACAUCGCACAAAAUGAUUCUCCGUCGUUGUCCGGAGGCGAGUGGUCAGAUGAAUUUCACAACUUUGUAAAUGACUGUCUAUGCAAGGUUGUAGUAGAGCGGCCAUCAGCUGCCAAAUGUCUGCAGCAUCCUUUUGUGCGAAAGACUCGUCGAGUGAGUGUCCUUAUGGAACUCAUCAUUAGGACACGGGAUGCUGUACGAAAACUAGACAACUUGCAAUACCGGCGUAUGAAAAAGCUGAUUAUGAAUGGGAGUGCUGCCUCUGAGGAUGCCCUUCUAGAAGGUCUUCCUAUCUCACCUCAGCCAGCCAGUCCUGGCUCUGGAGGUGUUGCUGAUGAGGAAAUCUCUGUUGAUGACACAUCGUCACAGGACGAUGAGCAGCUUGACUCCAAAUCAGGCUCACUGGCCUCACAGCAUUCAACCACAGCAUCUUCGCAGGCCAGCCUAUCUUCUCUCAAUGCUGCUCCAAUGCCAGAGGACUUCCAGUUGCCUGCACCUCUAGUCCGUGACCGCAGUCCCCCGCUCUCCGUACAGCUGCACAACAUGAUACAGGAUUGGCCAUCCAUCUCGCCACGCAGUGGUUCCUACAGCCCACACUCCUGGAAAGUGCAGCUAUCAGGAGGUAGUGGCCGCAGCAUGGAGGUGGCACAAAACAACUUUGCCACCAUUCGUACAACAUCCAUCGUACGGCAAGAGAUUAAGCAGCAUGAGCGCUCCAAUGAACUGCGCAAUUUCACUGUCUAUAAAAGAUUGCGCAAAAUGCACCAGAAAGAGCUUCAGUCAAUGGAGUCUCGCUUCUCAGCUGAGAUGGAUGAGCACAAGCAGCGCCUAGAUCGGGAAUAUGAAAGCCUGCGAGCAAAGUUUAGCAAAGAACUUGAGCGCCUGAAACAGCAACAUACCACUGAACUGGAGCGCCAUAGCAAGAAUAUGGUGGCUCAGGAGAAGAAGUUGGUGCGAGAUACCUCACUAUCCCAUGAGAAUGAAAAGAGGAGUCUAGCUGACCAGAUGAAGAAAAACUACAAGUGUGAUAAGGAGCGUAUGAAGAAGGGCCUAGACACCAGCACACCCAAAAAGGAGCGCGAGGAUAUGAUGCGUGUCUACAAGGAAACACUAGCACGACGGCAGCGAGAUGCAGAGUUUAGGCUGGAGAGGCAUCAGAAAGACACUAUGGAGUUCAACUUGCGCCGAUUUAAACGUGUUGCUGUCCUGAAUCUGCACCAGUUGGAACAAAAGUUAUUGAGAGAGGAAAUGACUCAGCGGCAAGCACAGUUGGAGUAUGAGCACACCAUGUUAGUGCGGCAUCAUGAGAGUACGCAGGACCUUGAGUACAAGCAACUGGCAGCUCUUCAGAAGUGCAAGGAUGAGCAGUUGCACCGCCAGCACCAGACAGAGAAAGAGAACAUGCGAGACUACAACUCACGUGCGGAAGCUGAGUUGCGGAAAAAACAUGCCAUGGAGGUUAAACAGCAACCUCGCAGUCUGAAGGCCAAGGAGAUUCAGAUCCGUAAGCAGUUUAAUGAAGCUGUGAAAACACAGCAGCGUCAGUACAAGGCCCUGAAAGAGCACAUCCUCCAGAACACUCCGAAAGCUGAGCAAAAGGCUGUAGUCAAGAAGCUAAAGGAUGAGCAGAUGCGAAAGUUGGCCUCCCUUGGUGAUCAGUAUGAGGCUUCGAUAGCUGAAAUGCUGCAGCAGCAGAAUGUACGUCUUGAUGAAAGCCAGAUGGUAGAGGCCAACGAAUUGCGAACACGAUUGCAACAGGAAAUGGAACUGCUAAUGGCGUACCAGAGUAAAGUUCGUGCUCAAGCAGAGGCUCAACACAAACGAGAGCAAAAGGUGUUGGAAGAGAGGGUGUCUUUGCGUAGGGCUCUCCUAGAACAAAAGAUGGACGAUGAGAGGUCAAAUUUGACACGUGAAGAACGGGACCGUUGGCGAUCAUUGCAAGAGCGGCAGCGGCAGGAGUUGGAGUCAUUUGAUAUCGAGACCACUGCUAUGGGACUGAACGCUGCAGAUGUAGCAGCAGCCUCUCAGGAGGUCGCUGUGGAUGAGGACCAACUGUCAACCCAAGGGUCUACAUUGUCGCUAUCAGCAUCAAGUUCUACUAACUCCUUCACCUCCCACACGCCUUUAUAACCACAUCUUAUGCUCCAGUGUCUACUCUACAACACCUGCUGGCAACACAGUCCUCUUUUGGCGUCAACAGUUGUUCACUUGUCAGAUAUAGAGGUUACACAAACAGCUGCCAAGGGGUGACGUGUCUGGUCAAGCAGACAGGUGGAGAGACCGUGGAGCUGCAGUGUCCUUGUGUCAGCAGGUGCCAGGAGUAGAGUUUGGUCACAGACAUCUUCCCAUGUACAGCACAUUGGAAUCGACUUGCUUAGAUCGCUAUGAUAAAGUGAUGAGGAUGGUGCAGGUGUGUGCCCGUAGACUUGACUCUGGCAGCAAAUACUGGGUUGAUCCCUUUAAGCCAAAACAGUAGGUUAUGUGCUACCUGUCACUAGGAGGUUUCCUCUUCAUAGUUUAUGGAUACAGUUGCUGCUGCAACGUUGACUUCCUCAUCUUUAGAAAGUGGAGCAAUGAAAAUCCCAUUGGUCAGACCACACACUUUGUCAUAGCACUAGAUCACAAAGUCUUUUGUGAUGGCUUGUGGUAUUGCAGUAUGUGCAAGCCCACACCCUAGGUGGUGACUAGUGGUAUUGCUGUGUGUGUUUACCGCAUCCUGCAAGCUGCAACAGAAUUCAAAACCCCAAAAUGUGAGAUAAAAUGGGUGAGCAAGGCUGGAAAUAGCACGUGUGUAAUCAGGUAGUGGGUGUGUGAGUAAAGAUGUGCAUAGUGUGCAUUUGUGUCAACGUCAGCUUCCAUGCAAGUGUUUUUGUUUAUAUACCUUUUAUGAACACUUAAUAGGUCAGAAAAUGGUUCAGGGCUUUUUUUGGCAUCACUACAGAUGCUUUCAGUUAGAUGCACACACACGCUCUUUCUCACACACUGUCAAAUGCAUACACAUGAAAGCAGGAGACAGAAAAGUCUUGGGUGCAAAAGAGAUAUUGUGUGUAAUUUUAUUCUAUCAAUUGAUAAUGUAUUGAUAUGCAAGGGUGUGUGUGUGGGCGCAAGUAUUUGUGUGAAUGUGUAUGUGUGCAUCAGCAUGUCAGCUUUGUUGUGGUCCGUGGUAGUCAUCUCCAAGUUGUCAUGUUUGUUGUGGUCCACAAUAGUCACCUCCUAAGCCAUAAUAACUACAAGGCUGGCAUUGUAACAGUUAAAACACGUGCCAGAUGACUGCCUGGUGGUCAUGUUUCUGUCAGCACACUGGCCAACUGCUGCUGACAUUCAGUCGGAUGCAUUGAAGUAGUGGAGUCCAUACUAGAGCCCAUGAAACAGUCGUGACAAGUGUACAGACGGGCCAACAUGCCACCUCAAGAGGAAGGGGGAUCAGUGUCAACGGAGAGUUGUGUAUGUAAAUGUGCAUAAUCAGUGGCAGUGUAACACACUGCUGAUACACUAAGUGACAGCAGCAGCACCCAGGACCCUUGCUUUGUGUUGUAGUCAACAAGUUUAGGAACAGCAAAUCCUGAUGUGUCUGCUGUGUCAUUACAAAUGCUGUGAUGCACUCUCUUUGUAGCAUGCUGAGGUCUCUCCUCACCUCUUUUGUGCAGCUGUCUUCAUUAGACACAUAUUGACAACUGGUUUUUGUUUUUGUAGUGAUGUGAGUGAUCGUGUGUGUGUCCAUAGACUUGAAUGUGAGCAUGCUUGCAGACUGCAGGAUGUAGAAGAUAAGCUUUGGUCACAAGCAUGCAUGUGCACCCUUUUGUUUUGACUACAGUGCAGGCCAUCUGCUAAGAUGCUGAUGACAUAGCUAUUGGAAGAUUCUUUACCCCACCCCUUGCUGUAAUCCACUCAUAGCAUAAUCGGUCAGCUUGAAUUUAGUUUGGAUCAUCAGGCAUUUUGCGGAGGUUGAAAGUGUUUGCUAUUUCACUAUUGUAUUUGUGGUAGGUAUCAAAAGAACAUCUUAUUUAGACUUUGUUGGCUGUUAAUUUUGUUCAUUCUUCUUUUCUUUAAAAAAUUUCUUGCAUUUGUUCAUAAUAACGGUGCUAUAGUCAGGACACAUACAUACACAGUCACUCUUUUGUGUUUGUGGUUUUUUUUUUUAGAAGUGCUAUGUGUUGGCCUUGUCAGGUGCUUUAUAGUCAUUUUGAACAAAAUAGCUGUGAGCUUGUCACUUGAUCCCCUGUAUCAGAAUGAGUAAGCAGUUAGGGGGCAUAAUACAUAGCAUUUGUGUAUUGCUUGAUAACAAGAGGGUAGUGAGCAUGCGAUGGACAGCGGUAGUGGUGUUACAUGAUACUGUAGGCGUUGUACAUGUCAUGGCUUCUUGUACUAAAUACUCACAUGCUAGGCGCCUGUGGGAGCACCUACUGAUCUUGGCUGAUGCAAAAGUUGAUGAGGUAGGCACGCUGUGUGGGGUAGCCUGAGAAAUAAGAUGCUGAAUAUACCAGUGGCACCAAGAUGCCAUAGUGUACCUGACAACUAUUGCUCAUUCAUUCUACAUUUCAUGUUUUGGAUUGGUCAACUUUGUUGACUAACCUGGGUUAUUGUUUUGAACAUUCCUUGUGUUCAGGUAGCCAGGUGGGUGCUCAGUCAUGUUGCCUGUGGAUUAGCCACUACUAUGAGGAAGAUCACAUUCAUGCUGUUUGCUUUUGCCAGUAUUGUCAUAGGGCAGGAACACUUUUAUCUAUUACACAAAGAGGCACUCCAAAGAUUUUUUCCUGUUACUGGCAGAGGCUUAUGCACAGUUCAGUAAAUCUUAAAAACCUAGGAGCAUCAAUAACAAGCUCACCAAAUGUGAUAAAUGGACUAAAUAGAAGAGAUAAAUUGUUAAGGAAUGUAAUUUUUAAGCACCUUUGGGGGCAGUAAGAACUGUACGAUAUGCCAUGUUUGAACACACAAGUUUCAAACUAUUAUUUUCAUUGAUUAUAUUUUGUAAUUGAUGUGUUUGUCUUGCUACAUUCAUGCUGCUGAAACUUUGCUCCCAGACUUGGUAAAAAUCACCAAAAGGGCCUGACAGAAAAUUAAAUUCAGUGAAAAUUUUAUUAAUCUGUUUCAAAACAACAUGGUCCUAUGUUUUAGAUUUCAAAAGGAUAAAGAUGUGGAAUUUAAGUUAAAAAAAAAAGAAAAGAGAAGACACACCUGCCACCAUGUCGUGAUCCCCACACCUCGUCGUCCAGGUUGAAGACAAAGAACCUCAUUUUCAACAGGCUUGGUCUCAUUUCUUAGAAGUAACCUACACAGGGGGUGGGGGGAGUCUUUAAGUUUUUAUAACUACCUCUAUGUGCCUUAUUAAGUUCUAUUAAAUUCCAAUAUAGGCCGUCAUUAUAAUUUAGGGGCACUUGCUUUUUUAGUUUCAGAGUGCAUGCCUCUCAUACUUUUAGUUCUUAUGAUUUGUGGCAAUACUCAACCAGAAUGGCAUAUGAAACAUAUAUGCCGUUCACUGUUUUAGGUACAGUUUUGGAAACGUUUUAGAGAAUCAAUGAAAGAGAUCAGAUGCAAAAGUUAUUGUAACUAGAAUUUCUUCAGCGAUUCAAUUACAUCAGUUUUAGAAGUAUUUCAUUACAGUGUAGGUGAGCUAUAGUCACCAGCUUGAAACACCAACAGCAUGAGUAGCAGUAAGCAGCCCAAAAUAUAGAGGAAUGUGGGAUUGGACAACAACAGCCUGCAAAAGUAGUCUCAAAUUCUACAAAUCUUUUAAUGCACAAAUUUAUUUAAGAGCAGAAGCUAGAGGAAGAGUUCUGUAAUCAGUGCCACUCUAGUUUUAUAGCCUUUGGUUAUCCCAUGCACAUUGUCUGGCAUUCAGAGUUGGUACAAGCAGCCAACAUGACUUUCUAUAAAGCAUCAACUAAGACAACACCAGCACCAAAGCACGGGGAACUUUUGUUUUGUUUGUACUAAGUGUGUGAAUUAAGAACACGAGCAUCAUACAUAACACCAGCACCAUAUUCAAGCAGAGCUAGCCUUUUUAUUUGUUCUCAGGUGAAUUUUAUCUAAGACAUAAUAAAAGGACCACACUAAAGCACAGAAAUACAUUUUUAUUUCAUUUGUUCUCAAGCAUAUUUUAAGAUGUGACUAGUUAAAACAGCCAAAAACUGGAUGAAGUGUUAUGCAGAGGUUUGGUGUACUUAAUACAAGUGUGGAUAGGAUCUCUUGUGUGGGCCAUUGAGCAGUAUUGACUGUAUAUUUGUGUUGAGGCUUAAAGUCAAGGAUAUUCUAACAUUGAAGUCUUACAGAAGUACAAUCUGUAAUGCUAGUGAAUGUGUGACAUGAACAGGUAUAUCUAUAUUUGUCUUAUCUUAUCUACUGCUUGUAGCAAUCAUCGGACACUGCCUCAUCCCUCACACAGGCAGUUCAGUUGCACGACAGUUAGCGUCUGUACAGUGAAGGUUGGCUGUCCAGGGUUCAGCUCUCAUCUCAGGCUCGCUGUUCUUUUUCUGCAUGUAGCAUCAGUUUACAGGGCUGGCUGCCUUGCCGUGACAUGGUCUUAGUUGGUGGCUCACUGUAAAACACUAAUUCCAUCCUCCCUCUCAAUCCCAUGUUUGGUGCAGGAGAAAGAGUUAGCAACAGCCAGGCAUCUAAUAUACAAGUGUAUGAGUGGAGAACAUACACAUCUAGCACUGUUUGUACUUUAGUGUACUGUGUUUACAGCUGUACCUACCUACCACCUUAAACAACUGCUAAACAUGUUAAUUUUCUAUGAAAAUAUAGAAGCAAAUGUUAGGCGAAUGUUGGAGGUUUUUUCCUUUGGCGAUCCUUAUUUGGCAUCUUCAGAAACAAGUUUACAGGAGCCUGGCUUUUCUCUGUGUAUAAGGGUCACCAGCAGUGUAGAGAAUACACAAGUCCCAGUAACUCUUACUUGUCAGCAGGAUGGUGGCUGGUGAUGUUCUAGCUUCUACAUCCACAUAGAAAGUCACUGGACGUCUAUGGCAUGUGAUGUUUUUGUACAUUAGUCACCCACAUUAUUGAGUGACAAGUCUGCAGGUUAGCUUGCCUGUGUGAUGGUGACUCGGCAUGCAUAGCUGGACCAUACACCUUGCUGGCAUUCCCUUGUCUUGUUCUUCAUGCCAUUAUCACAACAUCUAGAGAAGGGUUAAAAGGUAUGGUAGUGAUGUACCAUCUGCUACUAGCUUUGAAUGACCCUGGUGCUCACCACUAUGUCAGUUCUGUGACAUUGUCGCAUACUCAUUUACUGUUGUCACUGUGAUUUCUUGUUGCCUCAAGACUGCGGAUGUGCGCAUGCUUGAGUAAACAGGCCCGGAUAAUGUUCAUUGAGACAACCCUGCAAAAAGUGUGCACAAGUAAAUAAGGGGCGGGGGACAGACAGACAAAGAGAUUGGCUAUUAGCUGCUGCAAGUAAAACCUCAAAUAGGAUUGCAAUUUGGUGUUUGACAUGUAGCUGUUGAUCUGGUAUUGACUGAAGUCCUCUGUGGGCCCUGUACCAGACCCAACAACUUUUUAAAAUACAUAGUUAGACUUGUCUAUGUGGAAAUGAAAGACUGAACCUGGCUAUUGUCAUUUUCUUAUUUUUUUUUUUACAGAAGUGAACCUUCAAGGUUACAUUUAAAGUAUCUUUAUGCGUGCAUUUGGAAGGAGCGUCCACAUAAUUAACCUCAGUUGGUGAGAGCAUAAUCUCUCGGGGAGCAUGUGGAAAGUCAUUUUACAAGACCAGGCUGGCCCUUAACCUGUAUCGAGGCCUGCAGACAAUUGGACUAACACAUUGUUUACCUCCCAGUAAUCCAGGCAUGCAGACAGUUGGAGUGUAACAUGUUGUUUACCUGCCAGUUACCAAACAGAUGGAAUUCUCUUGCUUUGUAAUCAUACAGACAGCACCUUUAGCCUUGCAUCCAUAAGUUUCCACUGGCAGGUGACUGGGCACUCUUGUGAAUUGUAUGCGUGGAGGUGAUGUGUGGCUGUGCUAUUAUUUUGGUCGGCAGUUAUAAUCUAUUUAACAGUGCAGACCCAUGUAUUUUCAGCAUAUGUCGAAUAAAUAAAAUUUAACUCGAGA